GUGGCUGCCGCGGGCCUGGCUCGGCCUCUUCCGCCUAAGCCGUGGGAAUGGAAACAUCUACCCCACGUGCCGGAAGCCAACCCGGCCCCUCGAGCAGCAGCCGCUCGUCCUACGCCCACACGGAGCGCUCGAGGGUGUCCUCGCGAGACGAGCUCGCGGAAAUGGCGGCGUCCAGUCAAGGAAAUUUUGACACCUUGGAUCUUGCAGAACUUGCCAAAAAGCAGCCAUGGUGGCGCAAACUGUUUGGGCAGGAGACAGGGCCUUCAGCUGAAAAGUACAGCGUGGCAACCCAGCUGUUAAUAGGAGGUGUCACUGGGUGGUGCACAGGUUUCAUAUUUCAGAAGGUUGGAAAGUUGGCUGCAACAGCUGUGGGAGGUGGAUUCUUUCUCCUUCAGCUUGCAAAUCAUACUGGAUACAUCAAGGUUGACUGGCAGCGAGUAGAGAAGGACAUGAAGAAAGCCAAGGAACAGCUGAAGAUACGCAAGAGCAAUCAGAUACCCACGGAGGUAAAGAGUAAAGCAGAGGAGGUGGUGUCAUUCGUGAAGAAGAAUGUUCUUGUAACCGGCGGAUUUUUUGGAGGCUUUCUGCUUGGCAUGGCAUCUUAAGGAGGAUGAUUUAGCUUCACCUAUUGCUGCAUUUAUCCAACCAGCAACAUCUUCACUCCAUCCUAGGACAUUGUGUUCUCCUCCUCCUUUUUUCCUGUGCCUUCCUCCCUCCUGGGCAUAUCUCAAUGGCUUCUGCGGGCAGCCAGGCAGCUGCUGGAACAAGCUCACAGGCCCCUGCUGUAGCUUGGUGGCGAUGGAAGAGACUUUAGAUAGACUAGAUAGCUUCCUUUCCCAACACACUCCCCACUUAAAUGACCUGUGGGUCAGCAGGAAGGUUCCUCUCUUCACUGUCAGGUACUCACCAGGACAUGUGAUAGGAUGGCGACUAUGGAUGAUGAUGAGUGGAUCUUUGAAGGUGUCAAACUUGGUUUGGGAAGAACUAACGCACAUAGAUAGAUACCUUAUGUGCAACAUGGAAAGGAACUGAAUACAUUUGCCUUUGAAGA